AUGCUCUCUUUCACUAUGUUGCACUUGUUACUCUCAGUUUCUAUUCCAGUUGCAUUUGUUACUAUCUCUUUCUCUCUCACUAAUGCACUUAUUACUCUUUUCACUUAUUAUGCUCUCUUUCACUAUGUUGCACUUGUUACUUUCAGUUUCUAUUCCAGUUGCAUUUGUUUUUCUCUCUCUCUUUCACUAAUGCAAUUUAUUACUUCCUCUUGCUGUUGCCCAUUAUUAUGCUCUCUUCACUAUGUUUUGUUACUUCCAGUUUCUAUUCCAGUUGCAUUUGUUACUCUCUCUCUCUCUCUCACUAAUGCACUUAUUACUCACUCUCUUGCUGUUGCCCUUAUUAUGCUCUCUUUCACUAUGUUGCACUUGUUCCUCAGUUUCUAUUCCAGUUGCAUUUGUUACUCUCUCUCUCUCUCACUAAUGCACUUAUUACUCACUCUCUUGCUGUUGCCCUUAUUAUGCUCUCUUUCACUAUGUUGCACCUUCAUUUUCUAUUCCAGUUGCAUUUGUUACUCUCUCUCUCUCUUCUCACUAAUGCACUUAUUACUCACUCUCUUGCUGUUUUAUUAUGCUCUCUUCACUAUGUUGCACUUGUUACUGUCUUUUUUUCUAUUGCAGUUGCAUUUGUUACUCUCUCUCAGUUGCACUUGUUACACUAAUUCUCUCUCACUCAGUGUUACACUUGUUACUUUCUCUCUUACUCUCUCUUAUUGUUGCACUUAUUACACUCUUUUUCUGUAG